UUUUUUUACGCUAAAGUAUAGAGGAAAGAAGAAUAAUGGAAAUGUGAAGAUGGAAUUGAUGGAUCAUACAUAAAAUUUGUCAAUAUUUCAUUGAAAUUAGUACAAAAGCAAGGAGAAUUUACUGUUUUGUUAUCUCGGUCAAUAACGCUAUGAUAAUGUAAUAAUAUUUUCACAUGGCUUGGUAUUAUUGGCAGCAUAGCAAAACAGUCUAUUCCCCCCGCAACCAACCGUUUCUCCAAGCGAAGAGGGAAAAAUCGAAACUGCUGAUUCACAGUCGCAUCAAGCAAAGAAAUAUGCUGAGAAGAAGAGUCACAUCCCUUCUCUCCACCACCAUUCGCAGCUCCUCAAUUCGCACUAAACCUACUCUCUCAGCCUCACCAAUCUCAUUCCAAUCCCUCCAUUUCCUCCAAUGCCCAAACCCUAACCCUAGCAUUAGCAAUGCCAAAGGAUUUGGCUUUCAGCCUGAGGGAAUGAGAGCGUACAGUCUGCUGAGCUUGAACGAUCUGAGAGGCAAGGUGCCCAGGAAGCAGAAGACGAGGAAAGGCCGUGGGAUUGGGUCUGGUAAAGGUAAGACUGCUGGUCGAGGCCACAAGGGUCAGAAGGCUAGAGGCUCCGGGAAGUUGGGGUUUGAAGGUGGGCAGACGCCACUGCGACGUCGUUUGCCCAAGCGUGGGUUUAAGAACCCCUUUAGCCUCACUUUUCAGCCAGUAGGAUUAGGAAAAAUUGCCAAACUUAUAAACGCAGGAAAGAUUGAUUCGUCUGAGUUGAUUACAAUGAAAACACUCAAGGAUACAGGGGCAAUAGGGAAGCAGAUUAAAGAUGGAGUCCGAUUGAUGGGACGUGGUGCUGAACAGAUCCAGUGGCCAAUUCAUUUUGAGGUAUCGCGUGUCACUGUGAGGGCAAAGGAAGCCGUUGAAGCUGCAGGUGGGUCUGUCAGAAGAGUGUAUUACAACAAGUUGGGCUUUCGAGCAUUGCUGAAACCUGAGUGGUUUGAAAAGAAAGGCAGGUUAUUGCCAAAGGCAGCGAGACCUCCCCCAAAACAGAAGGACAAAGUCGAUAGCAUCGGCCGCUUGCCUGCCCCAACCAAACCUAUUCCUUUUUUUACUGAAGAGGAGGUGGCCUCCAGUUCAUCCACUUAACAAAAAGGGAGCAAAAUCAGUUCUUUUUUAGAAUAUUUGUACUUUUACAUUAAGUUCCUUCACAUGCUUUGCAUGAACUGUUCUCUUUCAUAAGAAACAGUAAUUUUGUUACAGGGAAAAAUGAUCUGGAGGGAUAAAUGGAAUGAGUAAAGCUUUUCAUGUUGCCUCAGGAUCAGCCCAUUUCAGACUUCUGCACCUUCUAGUUCUCAAGAAAAUGAACUUGAUCAUCAGAUGCUUUGACAUGGUUUAACAAUUUUACUUGAAGCAUCUCACUUUUACCUUAGACGAAGGAAUAACAAAAGCUUUGUUAUGCCAAAACCCAACAGGUUUCUGUAAAUCAGAAACUCUGCAUCGGAGACGAAGGAAUGGCUUUAUUGUCUUAGUGUUUCUAGUUUGCGCCUUUUUACCGGUUUCAGUUCCGUUGUACUAUAAAUCCCCCCUUAGAAGCUUUUCUUAACGUACUUCAUGCUCGAUUGCCUGGCUCAAAACUUGGGUUCAACAAAUCUUUUACCGUUGCGGAAGGUUGAGGAGGAUAAAUCUUGCGUACAAUUCAUUUUUCACAUUGAAUCUCUUGCAUGACUAGCAUGGAACCAGCUUUACUAGAAUUUCUCUAUCAUCAA